GGCGGCACUCGAGGCUUGUUCGCGGGCGAAGGCAGAGGCGAGGCGCGCGCGGGUUUCCUCAGCUCGUUACGCGACGGGGGCAGCCUCCGGAGGAGCGCCGAGGUGACAACUUGCUCGUCCGCUCCACCAACGUCCCUGCCCGCCGCCGUCGUCGUUCUCGGAGGAAGCAGCCGCAGGAGCCGCCGCCAACCAGAAGCACACGGUAACCAUGAGUGAUCGAAAGGCCGUGAUAAAGAAUGCAGAUAUGUCUGAGGAGAUGCAGCAGGACUCUGUGGAGUGUGCUACACAGGCCUUGGAAAAAUACAACAUUGAGAAAGAUAUUGCUGCCCACAUAAAGAAGGAGUUUGACAAGAAAUACAAUCCUACUUGGCACUGCAUUGUGGGAAGAAAUUUUGGCAGCUAUGUGACUCAUGAGACCAAACACUUCAUCUACUUCUACCUGGGUCAAGUUGCCAUUCUCCUCUUCAAAUCCGGUUAGAACAUGGGACUGUUCCACCCCAAACAUGCAUUUGGUUACAGGACUGCACGCUAAUUCCAAAUAGACUGAAGUCUUCAGCCUUCCCCAGGGAACAUACCUUGAUCUUCAAGCCUUUUGUUGUUUUAAUGGACAGGUACUCCUCUGUACCAUUUUGUGUUUUUGUUGUGGCCAUAAAAAAAUAGCAAAAAAGUAAUCUUGUAUGUAUUUUCUUUACAAAAAGCAACCCACAAGUCCUAAUUUUCUAAUAAAACCUUUGGGCAUACAUUCA